CGUCCGCGCGUACGCUUCAUAAAGUCAGAGGAACGUUUGUAGAAUAAGAUGCCUUAAUAGAAAAUCAGCUGUGACGCGCCAUCGUGUGUGGCAAAUUUACAUCAACUUUUUGUAUUAUAAAGCUCUGCGUUAUAGCAAACCCGGACCUUUCCAGGACUAUUACAAGUUAGGAAGUAUUUAUUUAGCCGCUUUUGACGUUUUGUGACAGACGGGAAUACUUGGACUGAACCCACAUAUUCUCACAGAAUUCAACAACUCUCACGAGUCAACUAUGGCAGAGACGGCGGCAGCUCCAGCCCCAAAGGCAAAAAAGGCGAAGGCACCCAAGAAACCUGCUUCACACCCGAAAUACUCGGAUAUGAUUAAGGCAGCCGUCCAUGCAGACAAAAGCCGUGGAGGUGCGUCCAGACAAUCUGUCCAGAAGUACAUCAAAAGCCACUACAAGGUGGGGGACAAUGCCGAUUCUCAGAUUAAGCUGUCCCUGAAGAGGAUGGUGAGUGAAGGGGUCCUGCGCCACACCAAAGGCAUCGGCGCGUCAGGCUCCUUCAAACUGGCUAAAGCAGAGGACACCAAAAAGGCACCUAAAGUUAAAGCCGUUGUGAAAGCAAAGAAGUCGCCUGUUAAAUCUGCCAAGCCCAAGAAGGUUGCAAAGCCCAAGAAGGUGGCCAAAUCACCAGCAAAAGCCAAGAAAGCAAAAGUGGCAGUGAAGAAAGUGAAAAAGUCCCCGAAGAAAGCGGCACCAAAGCCCAAGAAAGUAGCAAAGAAAACCAAGGUGGCCAAGCCAGCCAAGGCAACGAAACCCAAGAAGGCCAAAGCUGCGAAACCCAAACCCAAGGCCGCAGCCAAGAAAGCCGCAAAGAAGAAGUAAAUGGACAUUUCAGAGAGACUUAUUAUAAUAAAAGUCACUGUAAAUACUUUGAGGAAAUGUUUUUCGUAUAUGUAAUAUUAUUUUUGUAUGGUCUCAUGCGAACUUAUACGUUUUUACCUAUUGUUUUCCACUCCAUUGAUGCAGUAAAAGAGGGUCUGGAAUUAAAGUUUUGGUGUGUGACAGCAUUAAUUGUUGGGCUACUAUGUAGGCUAUUAUUCCUCUGUGAUCUUUGAAACCUGUAGCAUAUGGACCUGUUAGAAAAUAUAUGUGACACUAAUCUGGAAUUAUUAUUGUUUAGGCUAUUGGAACAAGUGAAUAGUUAUUGUUCUCUUUGCACGAGGUCAUUCUGAAAUUCUGAAAACACACGUUUCAAUAGCGAGCAUUGUUAAACUAUACAAUGUAUAGAACUGUGUAGCCAAUGGACGUCAGCAAGAUUUUCAUGUGAUGCGUAAUGGCUCCAAAUGCGGACUCUAUGCUACUACUUUGUAAACCAACCAUGUUCAAUUAAUUAAUGCUACUACUUUGAAAACCAACCAUGUUCAAUUAAUUCAGUCUAUUUGUAAUACACUGUGGACUAUGUAUUGCAUUACUUUUGAAACUGUUUAUAAUACAAUAAACUUUUCUCAUCGAAA